UGCGGGUGGCUUGUCCAACCACUGGAGAAUAUAAAGCACAUGGAUUGCAGCUUAGCUGAUGUCUCAUCGGCACGCGUGCGUCGAGUCGCUUGCAUUGCUGAUAACAUCCCAUUGUUUGCGGAUAACAACGAAUGAUCAACGUUAUUAUGUGGGUACUGCUCCUUAUAUCAAAGAGGUGUCUUCCCACUGUCUACAACCCAUACCUAUGCAUGGAGUCGACGCCUGCAUGUCUUCCCUGAUGUCCGGCAAGGGAUACUCCAGCAUGAAUCACCGCUACAGGGAGCGAUUCAACAGUUGGAAUGAGUCCGACGAGCUCGGCGUCUUCGAGGCGACGCGGUACUUCUCUGAUGCGACCGAUGGCGUAGGUCUCGUAGGUGGAUUUGGCCCUCGUGGAGCUGUUGCAGUCGAGCAGAAGGUGCCCAGGAGCUCAGAUGGGAGACUAAUUAGCGGCAGUCCCUCGCUGACGAGAGCCAAGAAGUGCGGCAAGCAACCUGGCUCCCCUGGAGCUAAAUUAGUCGGCUAUCUCAACUCUUUCUUCCAUCAAGCGGCUUCUCGGAGGAAGCCGAAGUGUUCGAAUCCCACCUCGACGUCCAGAGAGCCACGAGAGGAUGGGGAAGAGGUGGAGAAGAGACCUGGAGAUCAGAAGGAGAGAAGAAGAAGCAUCACCGGCCAUUCUCAAAGCACCAUGACCGCUGGCACCAAACCCAGCAAUUUCUGCCCACGAAGUGAGGUAAGGGGAAGGAGAAGAAGUAUCACGGAGGUGUCAAAGGAGAGAGAAAACUGGGAUAACAAACAGGUGCCGAACGGUGCAUGGCCAAGGGGAAGAAAUAAGACCUUCGGUAGAAGAGGAAAAGAGGUGGAAGAUGAUGACGGGGACUCCGACUCCAGCUCCGAUCUAUUCGAGCUGAAGAUUUGUGAUCGCGGCGGCCUCUCCGACGGCUUGCCCGUCUUUGCAACCACAGAUAUCCAAGCUAUCAAGAGAGACACUGCGAUAUCAAGUUCUGCAUCUUAGCCACCAUUUUCCUCUCUUCUUCCCUUCUCCAAUACCUGAGGUUCCUUCAGCUACUAAAGGAACACACGGAUCAAGAAAUAAAUCCAAAAAGAUCGAAUUGCUCAGCUCAAGAUGGAAAUGGUGCCACAUCCAAGAGGACAACCCCUCCACGAUCUUUAUGAACAGCAAGACAGUCUCCAUGGCAGCUGGCAGUGGCAGGCAAGGACAACGAAAGUGCUUAUUGGGACCUUGUUAUAAAGGACAUUCAAGAUGCUUGCAAACUUUUUUAGCCCAUCUAUGAUCAAACAGAUGGUGCUGAUGGUUAUGUAUCUGUUGAAGUCUCUCCUAGACUUGCAAAUGACACUAAUGGCACCAUUGAAGCUGCUAAAUGGUUGCACAAAAUGGUUGAGCGCCCACAGCUACAGCUGAAUGUGUUUCUUCCAUUAAACAAGUUAUUUCACUUGGCAUAAGUGUUAAUGUGACAGUAAGUUGAAAUGCUUUGUGUGUUUCUCUGAUGGACUUAAACUCCUAUGUUUCAGCCUUCUUGACAUUCAGUUAUGUUCUUUAUUUACUAAUGUUAUAAAACACCAUCCUUUUAAUGGAGCUACUAAUUCUGUGGCCUAUCCAUAUGGACAAUACUGUUUUCUUAUAAUUGUUAUAGGAUUAUUCCUAUGUUUUAUUAACUACAGUUUGUCUAGUUGUAAUCUUUUAACUGUUUUGCUUUUGAUGCACUUCUGGUUAACAUUUCUAUAAUCUGCCCAAACUUGUUCAUAGACAAGCUUCACUUCGAUUGACCCAGAUUUCAUAACUGGUUAUUUUUGUCCAUUCAUUACCUUUGAGGAUCAGUCAUGGUCUUAUAGGCCCCACCAAUAGUCUGGAUGAAUUUGUUGCUUCAUCCAAAUGUGUAAAAGAUCAUAGUCACACUUUAUCUCAAGAAGCUAGUUCUCUCAGAUUUGAUACAAUGUGCUGAACAAAAUGAAACUGUGAUCAUUUAAUUGUUCAGCAGAAACAGUUCUUGCUAUAAGCUGCAUAGUUUGGAUUUAUGAUUUGACUUCAUUGCCCAUCAUCUCAGAUUAGUUCUUGGGCUGAAAAUGUCUGACAUUAUCUACUGUUUUAUUUAUACCUGAAAAUGUC